AUGGCCGCUAACCGCGGCCACGAGCUGCUGGGGGUCAAUAUUGCAUUCUUUAUCGUGGCGUCUUGCACCGUCUUGUUGAGAUGCUAUACUCGCGUCUUCAUCUCGAAAUGUUUCGGCACUGAUGACUGGCUCAUGGCCCUCGCCAAUGUAUUCUUCUUGGGCUAUGUGAUUUGCUCCAACUUGGGAAUCAAUCACGGAACAGGACAGCACCGCGACGAUUUAACACCCGAGAACUACGCGAUUGCGAAAAGAUACUGGUUCUUCUGCUACAUCUUUUUCGGCUUGACCAUGAUGUCGGCGAAGCUCUCAUUUGGCUGCCUGUUGCUGCGCAUAGUCUGCAUCCAAUACCACAAAUGGAUAAUCUACUUUACCUCAUUCUGCGUGGUUGUCGCCGGGAUAACCUAUUUUUUUGUUACAGUGUUCCAGUGCCAGCCCGUGGCGCACUACUGGAACGACGCGAUACCCGGCCACUGCCUACCGAUACACAUAUACGUCGCGUUGGGAUACCUGUACAGCGCCUUUAGCGUUCUCACAGACUUUGUAUUUGCGCUCUUGCCAGCCUUUAUUAUCUGGCACCUACAGUUGAGAACCGAUAUCCGAUGGGUGUUGAUAUUCUUGAUGGGCUUGGGCUGCGUGGCGAGCACUGCGGUCUUAGUACGCGUAGCCUAUCUUCAUACCUUUUACGAUGAAGAUUUUCUGUGGGCGACGAUGGACAUUGCCAUCUGGUCAACGAUUGAGAUGGGACUGGCGCUUACUGCUGCCAGCUUUUCCACUCUCCGACCGCUGGCACGAUCUCUUGGCCUCAAUAUCGGGCUUUCUGCCUACGCCUCGGCCGGAAGCGAAGACGCGCAAAACGAGCUGCGCCGGUCAGCGCCGCCAAAUGCCUACCAUCGACGGAGUCAACUAGGCAUACCCGUUCACAACGCGUCCGGGACGUCGCAAGAUACGCUCAACGCAAGCCACACGCGCGACGAGUCACACAGCUCGCAAGCAACUACCGACAACUAUGCUGCCCCCAGGCUUGACCGUGUACGGUGGUCAGCCAACGUAAAGGCCGACUCAAAGCACGCCGGGGGCAGUGUAGAGCUCUCAACAACGGAUAAGACAAUGGACAAAACGAUGGACCACAGCACAUGGAGGAAUGGCGAGAAACUCGACGCAGUGCAUCUCACUGCAGCGGAACUACCUUGA